AUGAGCGACAAGACUGGUCUGGUAACAGGUGCAAGCGGGUACAUCGCCCUCCAUGUCGUUGGCCAGCUACUCGAGGCCGGCUGGACGGUCCACGCGACAGUGCGCAGCCUCCAGAAUGCUCGCAAGGUCCAGCCCCUUCACGACCUGAGUGCAAAGUAUCCCGGGAAGCUUCAGUUAUUCGAGGCAGACCUGCUGGUCCCGGGCUCGUUCCUGCCAGCAAUGAAGGGCUGCGGCAUAGUAUUCCACGUUGCGUCGCCAUUCAUCAUGCCUGAGCACACCAAGAACCCCCAAAAACAACUCAUUGAGCCCGCGCUUCAAGGAACUAGAAACGUUCUGGGUAGCGUCAACGAGACCGAGAGCGUCACGCGCGUGGUCCUGACUUCUUCAACCGGUGCCAUGUACGGCGACAAAGCCGAGGUGCUCAAGAUGGAGAACCAGACGCUGCAGGAGAGCUCCUGGUCCCAAUAUGUCUCCAUCAGCCACAACGCGUACCAAUAUUCCAAAGUCGUCGCAGAGAAGGAGGCCUGGAAGAUGGCGGAGGCUCAGGACCGAUGGGACUUGGUCGCCAUGUGCCCCGGGAUGGUCCUGGGCCCCUCCCUCACAUCUGGCUCCGUCUCCGGCAGUCUCGACCUCAUUGACCAGCUUAUGAGCGGACACGUCUUCUUCGGAGUCCCGGAUCUGCAUUUCGACUUUGUCGACGUCCGGGACGUGGCAGCCGCCCACAUCAGCGCUGCGACGACCCCCACGGCGCGCGGGAGGUACAUCAUCUCGACGAGCGCGACCACGCCGCUGGUGGAGGUCUCCAAGGAAGUGAGGAAGAUCCACAAGCACCCGUGGCUGCUGCCGACGUGGAAUCUGCCCAACAUCGUCUUCCGCUUGGUUGGGCCGUUCAUGGGGCUUUCUCAAGCGUGGAUGGCUGGCAACCUGUCCAUUGCCUUCAAGGUCGACAACACCAGGGGCAUCAAGGAGCUCGAGAUAGAGUACCGGCCCCUACAGCAGACACUGACUGACCAAUACCAGGCGUGGGCGAUCCUCAAGAAGAAGAAGUAG